UAUCUCAAGGGCUUGUUUAAUAUCAUAAUAGGCUAGCAUAUAGACAGGUGUUAUCAUUGUUCCACAGGGUUUUCAUGGUAUUUUAUAACAUGUAUAACACCAGUCAGUUCUCAAAUUCCAAUUAUGUAUACAAGUUGUCCCCAAAAUCAAAAGGAACUAUUUUAGGAAUCUCUGUAUUCUCAGGUUAGAAGAUUUAGGGUAGAGUAAGUAGGGGAACAGUGAUGGAGAAAGGGCAUUCUGGUUAGGUGGGCUGAGUAAAGGCUCAGACCCACGGAAAGGCAAGGAACCCACCGGUUGGGUGAAAGAUUUGGUUCCAUCAUUUAAGGGUAUGAGUGUCAGUCAACAAGCAUUUAGGAAGCUCUUAUUGUGUGCCAGCAGUAACAACGACCAGAUAUAGCCUAACCGUCUUAAAUAUAACUUUUCCGGGAUAUUGUCGCUUUGGGCGUGGGGGUGGGCAGGGGUAGCCAUCAACUUGAAUUACCGCCCAGCCUGAGCUUCAGAGUUCGGACUUCCCUUGACGUUUUAUUCUGCUUUUUUUCUUUUUCCUCUUUUGAACAGGCUCUUAUUCGCAACAAAGUCCACCACAGGGUCACCCCGGGGCUACUUCUGGCCUAGCUCAGUGAAUUGUCCCAGGCGAGACCCUCGACGCCGGCUAGUAAUUAUCCACCUCCCCUCUUCCUCCCCAGGGAGUGAGGCUGACGUAAGAGGAUUCACGCGGCCAGGAGGGAAGAGGUGGGCGGUACCCAGCGUUGCCAGGAAACCGGGAGGGGAAACGUCCGCUCUGCGCUCUCUUCUGCCCGCUCGCGCCCAGAAGCCUCUAUUCCGGAAGCCCGGAUGGGUGGAGCGGACACACUGCCACACUCGAGCAAACCCAAACAAACUAUGGUUUCUUCCGGCAGAGGGCGGGGCGAAGCGAGACGCGGCGUCUGACUUGCGCUUCUGGCAGCCAAUCAGCAGGCUGGGCGCUCAUUCAAAUUCUGGCCCUGCGCGGGGACCAGGUUCGGGGUGUAGGUUCAGUUCAUUGUCUGUCUAUAUAUUCUGCUUAUUGAAGAUGUAUAUAUUAAUGGAAUGGUUAUAUGGGCUGUCCAUUCAACUCUGUGUCAUCAUCUGAACAACAGAUUUUAAAAAGAUGUCAUUAAGAAAAGACCAGAAGUUAAAUGCAUACUCAAAGAUUUUAAAUUCCACAGCUUGAGUCCUUUUUUAAAGACUUCUUGUGAUUAAUAUGUCAAUGUACAAUACAACUUUUAUGCAAAAUUGCAAUGAUACCCUUGGUUUAUCUUCACAAAAUAACUCAUCACUUACUGCCCUUACCCAAGGCAGCAGACUUAAGCACCAUAUGAAAUCAGAGAUGCCAGAGUGUGAAAAUGAUCCAUUAUUAAAAACUCUAAGUAAAAUCAAAGAAGUAAAUCGAACCUAUGUUAUUUCAGCCUGUAAAAAUGUACAAGACUCACCCCUCACACCUAACUUGGAGGGCAGGUUGGCACUCCAAAGAAGAACUAGAAAAAUUCAAGAACCACCUUUGCUUGGUAGUCAGCCACAGGAAGAAACAAGAAGACAACUUACGGUGCGGUGUUGUAUGACAACAGACUCUCUGGAAAGGGGUGAGACAAAUAAAAAUGUUCCAGUUGGAAUCUAUAGUAAGAAGGCUGCUUUGGAACAGAGUAAUAAAAAUGUAAAGACAAUAAACACUGAUAAACACUCUUUUGUUAAAUCUGUUUCACCUGUAGUUGAAGAUGUAAAACAAAGAAAAACAACUAUUGAUGAAAAGUACAAAGAAAAAUGUUCAGCUCUCAGUGCAGAAAAUGGAAACCUUUUACAUGAUAGGUGUUCUGUUUUUCAAGCAAUUGAGUCACGAAGUCAGAAUGAAGUUGGUAGAUUGGGACACUCAACAAUAACGAAGCCUAUUCGGAACACAUCAGAUAUAAAGAUAAUUACAACAGGAAAUUUAAGUAAUACAGGUGUUGGAAAGGAAACAAUGAAAAAUUUAAAUAAUAAAUUUGGAAAUGUGGAAAAACCAAGAACACCCAGACGAUGGAUUAUGGAAGAAAACAAAUUUACACCAAAAAGUAGUACUCCUCAGGAGAGAAUGACAGCUUUGUCAGUUCCAAAAAAUAGGACAUGCCUUCAAAUUAUGCAAAAACAAAAAAGUAUACCUAGUUCUUUUCUUGAAAAUAAAAGGGAAAGAUCACAAGAAAAUACCUUAUUGAGAGAAGAAACUAUAGUUCAGAACACGUAUAGACAAUCAAAUCAUUUGAAGGUAGAGAAUAGUCAAGUGACAGUGGCUAUACGAGUGAGACCCUUCAGCAGCAGAGAGAAAACUGAAAAAGCAUCUCAGGUAGUUUUCAUGAAUGGCCAAGAGACAACUGUGCAACAUCCUGACAUGAAACAAACUUAUAAUUUUGUUUAUGAUUUUUCAUUCUGGUCUUUUGACAAAUGUCAUUCUAACUAUGCAAGCCAGAUGACAGUCUAUGAGACAUUAGCGGUGCCACUCCUGGAAAGAGCCUUUGAAGGAUAUAACACUUGUCUCUUUGCUUAUGGACAGACCGGCUCUGGAAAAUCAUAUACCAUGAUGGGAUUUGGUGAAGAACUGGGGAUAAUUCCCAGAUUUUGUGAAGAUCUCUUUUCUCAAGUAGCCAAAAAAGAAACACAAGAGGUCUCCUUUCACCUUGAAAUGAGUUUCUUUGAAAUCUACAAUGAAAAAAUUCAUGAUCUACUUGUUUGUAAAGCUGAAAGUGGACAGAAAAAGCAACCUCUCAGAGUAAGAGAGCACCCAGUUUCUGGACCCUAUGUAGAAGCUCUGUCAGUGAAUGUUGUGAGUUCCUACACUGAUGUCCAGAGCUGGCUUGAAUUGGGAAAUAAGCAAAGAGCAACUGCUGCUACUGGUAUGAAUGACAAAAGUUCCCGUUCACAUUCGGUUUUUACAUUGGUGAUGACCCAAACAAAGACAGAAUUUGUGGAAGGAGAGGAACAUGAUCACAGGAUCAUUAGUCGCAUAAAUCUAAUUGAUUUGGCAGGCAGUGAGCGCUGCUCGGCGAUUCAAACUAGUGGGGAGAGGCUAAAGGAAGGUGUGAGUAUUAACAAGUCACUCUUGACUUUGGGAAAGGUUAUUUCUGCUCUCUCUGAGCAAGCAAACCGAAAAAGAGUUUUUAUUCCUUAUCGUGAAUCUGUUCUUACAUGGUUGUUAAAAGAAAGCUUAGGUGGAAAUUCAAAAACUGCAAUGAUUGCUACAAUUAGCCCUGCUGCUAGUAACGUAGAAGAAACGUUAAGCACACUUCGGUAUGCUAAGCAAGCCCGUCUGAUAAUCAACAUUGCCAAAGUAAAUGAAGAUGUGAAUGCCAAAUUAAUUAGAGAACUAAAAGCAGAAAUUGAAAAGAUGAAAGCCACUCAGCGAAACACUCGGAAUAUUGACCCUGAACGAUACAGACGCUGUCAGCAAGAAAUAACUUCCUUAAGAAUGAAACUUCAUCAACAAGAAAAGGAUAUAGCAGAAAUGCAAAGGGCAUGGAGAGAAAAACUUGAACAAGCAGAAAAAAGAAAGCUUCAAGAAACGAAGGAGUUGCAGAAAGCAGGAAUUACAUUCAAAAUGGAUAACCGUUUACCAAACCUUGUCAAUCUCAAUGAAGAUCCACAACUAUCAGAGAUGUUACUCUAUAUGAUAAAAGAAGGAAAAACCACUGUUGGAAAGUAUAAACCCAACUCAGGUCAUGAUAUUCAGUUAUCAGGGGUGUUAAUUGCUGAUGAUCACUGUAUUAUUGAAAAUUUUGGUGGAACAGUCAGUAUUAUUCCACUAGGAGAUGCAAAAACAUAUGUAAAUGGAAAACAUAUUUCAGAAUCCACAAUUCUGCAUCAUGGUGAUCGUGUCAUUCUUGGUGGAGAUCAUUAUUUUAGAUUUAAUCAUCCAGUAGAAGUACAGAAAGGAAAAAUAUCAUUUUGUGGGUCUGUUCUUACAAAUGAUGGUCCAAAAGACUUUGAGUUUGCAAAAAAUGAAUUGCUUAUGGCUCAGAGAUCACAACUUGAAGCAGAAAUAGAAGAGGCACGGUUAAAAGCUAAGGAAGAAAUGAUGCAAGGAAUCCAGAUUGCAAAAGAAAUGGCUCAGCAAGAGCUGUCUUCUCAAAGAGCUACUUAUGAAAGUAAAAUAAAAGCCCUGGAAACAGAACUGAAAGAAGAAUCUGAGAGGAAGAAAAUGGAGGAAAUAAAUAACCAGAAGGCUAAUGACAAAAUACAAGAAUUAGAAAAAGCAAAACAGCAUCUUGAACAGAAAGUCUAUGUUAAUAAGAAGCGAUUAGAAAUGGAGACUUUGGCUACGAAACAGGCCUUAGAAGAUCAUACUGUUCGGCAUGCAAAGAUUCUUGAAGCUUUGGAGGCUGAGAAGCAGAAGAUUGUUAAAGAAGUACAGAUUCUACAACAAAAUCUGAGUAACAAGGACAAAAUGUUAACAAUCCAGCCUAAUUGGAAUUUCAUGAAGCUCUCAGUGAUGAUCCAAGAAGCCAACACCAUUAGCAACAAAUUAAGAAAGUGUUAUGUUUUUUGUAGGCAUGAUAUAUCAAGCCAAAGAAAUAGUACUGAGCCUUCUGUUCAGGUCCAGGUUCGUAAUGUUCAGCUGGGAAUCUCAACUUUCUGGAGCCUGGAGAAGUUUGAAUCUAAACUUGCAGCAAUGAAAGAACUCUAUGAGAGUCAUAGUAGCAUUAAGGGUGAAGAUAUCUUUUAUGAUCCAGAAGAUGAAUGGGAACCUGAUUUAGCAAAUACAGCAGUUUCUUCAUUUUCUAGAAGAAGGAGCAGGAGUUUGAUGAAGAAUAGGAGAAUUUCUGGAUGUUUACAAGAUAUAAUAGUCCAUCCAGUUCAGAAUCUGAAUUCUUCACGUUCAUCAGGUUUAAUGGAGAAAUCAAACAACAUUUAUUCAAACUCAACAGAAUCUUUCUUGCCUGGAAUUUGCAAGGAAUUGAUUGGUUCAUCAUUAGAUUUCCUUAGUCAAAGUGAUGAUGAGGAAAAGACUAUGGCAGACAGCUUAAUUACCAGUUUUCUUAAUAUUCAUUCUUGUAUGACUGCCAUUUCCAAAGCUUAUGAACAACAAGAUGAAGAAAGUCAAGAUAACUUUUUUUCUACUGAUCGAGCAAUCCAGGCAUUUUGUAUUCAGAUGACAUCUGCUUUUGAGCAACUUGUUGUUCUAACCAGACAUUGGCUUGAUGAUUUUCCACAGUCUACUUCAAGACCUGAUGAUGACUUGACACAAGAAGUUAAAAAAUUGGGAGGGUACUUACAAUUGUUUUUGCAGGGGUGCUGUUCAGAUAUUUCCUCAAUGGUGAAUGAGGUUCAAAAGAAAAUUAUUGAAACCAUGCUACGGGCAUUAAAAUAUGUGGGGCAGUUAGCAGUUCUUAAAGGAGCCAAAUUGCAUCUUUCAGAAAACAAUAGGGAUGAAGUGGUGAAUCUUCAGGAGGAUUUCAUAAAUGCCAUUUGUGAUGGAGUGAGGUUUGGUAUGAACAUUCUUUUGGAUUCUGGACUUGAGAAAAUGAGGCAGCUUCAGCACGAACUUGAACUCUUAGGACAAUGCCCACAAAAUAAGGUUAUAGAAAAGAUGAAAACUAAUGCUGUGGCAUUGAUCAGAUCCUUUGGAAAUACCAUUACUGAUUGGAAAAAGAAGGAUUUUAGAGUUCAAGUUAAAGAAGAGGAGUCAGUAUAUCAAGAUGUGAAGAAGCUAAUUAAUCUUGCUACAGAAUUCUUGAAGUUGAAGCAUUGCUUAGAGCAAAUUAGUCAAAUUGUUAUUUCUACAUUGAAAGGAUUAGGAUCCUGUGGUGAUGUUAUUCUGCUCAAGAGUUGUGUUGAAAAUAUUUGCAACUUGUCCAGGCAUUUUAAUGAUAACUUCAGUCUGUUUACAUCACUUUCUGAUUCAACGAAUACCUAUGAUGAUAGAAUAUCUGAUGUUGCCUCCAGGGGAUUACAGUCUCUGGCGAAAUCAUUUCUCUUGGAUUUUGAAUCUGAAGAAAGACUUGACUUGUUAAAACCCAAGGAAAUAUCUAAACAGAAUAGUGAGGAUGAAGAAAAACAUAAACUAAUAGGAGCUGAAUCUAUUAGGAGUAAAGUUGUACCAAAACAUGUCUAUAAACUCCAGACUCCAUCUUCUGCUCUUUGCACAGGGGAACUUUCACCCAAUACUAUCCAGUGGGUAUAAACUCAUGUGUGUAUAUAUUUUGUGACUACCCAAGAAUGAAAAAGAACUUGAUAAACUACUUCGUUAAUGUAGGAGGAAGUUUUGCAUAAGAAAAAAAAGCUCAGUACCUCACAGAAGUUCAUAAUGUAUCAGUUAACAUUAUGUUGGGUCUGAAGAACACCUUUACCAUAUGAAAGUAAAGUAUUAUGGAAUCUUUAUUUUAAAAGAAAUAAAUAUCUGUAUGUGACACCCACAAAGUCACUUGACAAUUUUCUCCUUGAUGAUAAAUCGUUAGGCACAUCUAAGAUAACCUAUUAAACAAGCCCUUGGUUAAUUGUGAGUUCUUGCAAAAUCCCCAAAUAUUAUGACAAAAUGGAACAAGGAAUCCAAGACCAAAUGCAUGGUCGUGUCUUUAGCCUCUGAUGGAAGUACAUUGCUUUGAGGUGUUAGGAGUUUGAGGUUUUGAUACUAGCUGUUAACUGAAAUACCUAUUCACUGAUUUAUUAGCUAUAUUUACUGAUUCUUUAAAGGUUGGAAAUAUGAGCAGUUGGUGAAAUGUGUAUGUAUAUCUUGUCUUUUCAGCUAAGAAGGGUUUGUGAAAACUUGACAAUAACAGGAAUAUGCCUUUUAAGGGGGUGGCUAAUGAGAACUUAGCUCUGGUAAUUUAAAUUGCAUUGUAGCUAUUAUUCUUCUUGAGGACUUGCAUCAAUAGAAUACUCAGGAGCUUUCCUAAUUUUCCCUAGCUGUAAGGACAUUUAUCAAAAUAUAUGUAUUUUAUGUUCUCACUUUGUUAUAUACUAAUGAUUUCCUCCUAGUCCUUACUAAAAGUGUCAGUGUUUAGGUAAGCAGUAGGAAUGAAUUUUCUGUCAUAUUUGCUUUUUAAAAUGUGUGUGCACCUAUGCAGUAUUUAUAGGAUCUUAUGAAUGAAGAUAAUGUCUGAAUUUUAAUGCAAGUAAGAAAAGAUAGAAUAUAUUUGUGCAUACAUUUGUAGGACCCUUUAUCUUAGUGUAUCAUCGUCUUACAUUUUCUCUUGAUGACUUUAAAGCAGCUAUAGGGUCAGAAGUUAAACUCUAGAUACCAUUUUCUGAAAAUUUGGGAGGGAAUGUCCAAUUCUUUAAAUCAUCAAUGUUUAUAAUUGGUAUUGAGUCUCAUUUUCUUAUCCUGGAGAAUGAUAACAAAUGAGUCUUUGUUUCCUUAAACAGUGAUUUAGUUAACUGAAGAAAAUCACCUUUCCACCUAAAUAUCCAAAUCUACAUUCUAAUAGGAGGGACAUUUUCUCUCCUUUUUAGUAGAUCUUUUAUACCUAAUUAAAAAUUGCAUCCUGAUGCCACAAUCUGAGCCUGCUACUGAAAGAACCUACGGAAUCAAAGGUAGGACUUUUUACUGGUGGCACAAUUGUUUCAUUAUGGAUUAAAAGAAGAAUUUGUAGUUGGACAGAAACUGAAGCCCUUGAGACACUUGGGCAUGGGAACAAGAAGGUCAUUUAAUUGUCGGAUCUUAUGUAAAAGAUAAAAUUAAAUGUCUUUGAACUGCUUGAAAAAUGUAGGUAAUUUGUGGUUCUGUGUGGUUGGGCUGAAGAUACCAUUUUCAUGAUAUUGAACAGUUCCUGGAAAGCAAUUCUUUUAAACAACACAAGCACUUUGCCUUUUUUUUAUAUCCUGGUAUGACACAUUACUUGUCUUGCAGAAAUUGGCUAUUUGGUAUAAUGCAUGUAUCUGAUAAUUGCUUUAUUAAUGGGAGACUUCCAACGAGCUUCUGCCAUUAUACCUUAGUCAUUACAUGAUAUGAAUGUUAUUUUCAACAUGUGCCAAAUUGAAUUGGCUUUGUUGCAUUUGAGCUGUAUUUUUUUUUCUAAACCUUAAUAUGAUAUUUUUUAUAAAUGCUUUAUAUUGUAAUUUCACCUUCCAAGUUUUUCAGAAGUCUGGAUAUUUUUGCAUGCUUUAUUUUUUGCUUAGAAGUAGCACACAUUUAGUGUGCCUCUUAAAAUAUCAGCAUAGUAAUUUACUAUUUCAUAUGACCUCUCUAAGGCAGGUUUUGUCUUCACAUUCAUUAUUUUAAUCUUUAUCUCAUCUUGUCUAAACCCAGGAUUAUAUCAGUUAGAACUUUUUAAAGGCUUUGUAAAUUUUUUGUAUGUAUUUAUAUUCUCAAAUAAUUGUCCCUGUAUUUGAAUGGGUUUUGAAAUGUGUAUUUUGCUAUUCGGAAUCAUGUGUGUAAUUGUAAAAUAUUGUAACCAAAAUGUUAUUAAUAAAUCUUGUCUGGAU